AGAAAAAAAAAAAAAAGAAAAAAAAAAGAAGAAAGAAAGCAGGAAAUGGCGCUAUGGAUGGAAAAUGGUUCAGAGCCACUCACCGAAGCCGAGAAGGCAGACCUUGAAGCCAUUGCUGCCAUCAAAGAAUCUGCAGCCAUUGAACUCAAGGAAAAGGGUAACGAGUAUGUGAAGAAGGGUAAGAAGCAUUACUCCGAAGCAAUUGAUUGCUACACAAGGGCAAUUAAUCAGAAAGCAUUGAAUGAUUCUGAGAGCUCUGUUCUUUUUGCGAACAGAGCGCAUGUCAAUUUGCUUCUUGGGAACCACCGGCGUGCCCUCUCUGAUGCUCAACAAGCACUCAACUUGUCCCCCUCCAACAUAAAGGCCAUUUAUAGAGCUGUCAAAGCAUCUCUAUCACUGAAUUUAUUGGCUGAAGCACAAGACUAUUGCCGAAAGGGUCUUAAGUUGGACCCCAAUAAUGAGGAACUUAAGAGGCUUGACCAACAGAUUCGUAUGAAGAUAUCUGAGAAGGAGAAGCUUGACGCUGAAGUCUCUAAAGCCAUAUUGGAGGCAGAAGAACUUGUGUCUGCAAUAGAAAAUAGAGGAUUGAAGAUUGGAAAGGCAAUGUAUCGAGAACUCACCGGGUUAAAGAAACCGGUGUUAAACAAAAAUAAUAUCCUUCAUUGGCCUGUCCUUCUUCUGUAUGCAGAGGUUAUGUCCAGUGAUUUCAUUGAGGAUUUCUGUGAGACUGACAUGCUUUCAGUUCACCUUGAUAUCAUGUUUUCAGCAGACCAACCACUCCCAUGGGAUGUUGAAAACAAUUACAAACGUGAUUUUGUUGAAUUAUACUAUGAGGCUGGCUCUGGAGUUCGUCUAUCAAAGGAGAAACUUCUUCAUUGUUUAUUAGAGGGAACUGCAGCUUCUCAUGUUGGUGAUGAAGAGAAAGAUGCAGUUGAGGAUUUUAAACACACUGCAGGUUCCCCAAAAUGGAUCAAAGUAAAUGAGAAGAAAACGCUCCAAGAUAUCCUCAAAGAGCCUAAUUUCGUAAUCCCCGAAAUCCCAGUCUUCUAUGUUGUUUCCAAGCAAUCCAGCUUUUAUAGCAAGUUCAAAUCUGGAAAAUGGGCUCCUCCAAGCAUAUGAAAGCACAGCAAUAAAGGAAGGGCUUCAAGAAGACACACAAGAACUAACGGAAUUACCUUUUAACGACAUUUGGCGCACUUUGAGGCCGUUGCCGCCAGUUAAGAGCUACAUCGAGAAGAAAGAUAAGGAGGAGGACACCAACCGAUCGGCCGGUCAGAAAGUUAAUUAUUGUUCUGUUUGUAUAGAAGAGUUCAAGAACGGAGAGUUGAUUCAACCUUUUGGAGUUUGUGUUCAUGAGUUCCAUUCAACUUGUAUAAACUCUUGGUUGCAACGUGGAAAAACUAAUUGUCCAAUUUGUCGUGCUGAUUUAGAAUUUUAGAUACAUUUGUUCAUUGAUCAAAAGUAGUUUAAUUGUUAGUAGUAGUACUAGUUAGUUCUAGCGCUUGGUGACAAUCAAACUCGAUAUUUUGUGAAAUAUUAGUUUAUUUACAUUCUUUA